CUUUUCAGCUGCAGCCAGGUUGAAAGGUUAAUGAUCGUGAUUAUUGGGUAUCAUCACAUGUCAAUUGGGUAUUUCUUCUGAGGCUGAACAUCAUCAGCGUACGGUGUGUACCGUAAGAAAGUGUAUACUCUUCGGGGAAAGAGACCUCACUCUAGUAUAGCCCUGCUCUAGCUGACGGAUAGACGGUCUAAUCAUUGAUGUGAAGAUCCACAUAAUGGGGGAAUAUACGCCACGGCCCUCCAUUCUAUGUUUUAUCGGACUCUUUCUCGCAAGCGUCUCGGGUCCCGUCGACUGCAAACCACCCAACAUCCUUUUCAUCUUGGCCGAUGAUUACGGUUUCCAUGACAUCGGUUACCAUAGCUCCGAGAUCGAGACACCCAACCUAAACCGGUUGGCCGCGGGGGGCGUCAGACUGGAGAACUACUACGUCCAGCCCAUCUGCACGCCGACACGUAGCCAGCUGAUGAGCGGCAAAUAUCAGAUCCACACCGGGUUGCAGCACGGGAUUAUUACAUUUGAACAACCCAGUUGCUUGCCUCUCGAUGACGUCACUCUGGCCCAGAAACUCAAGGAGUCAGGGUACGCGACCCACAUUGUAGGCAAAUGGCACCUUGGGAUUUACAAAAAGGCAUGCUGGCCCACCCGCCGCGGGUUCGACAGCUACUUUGGCUACUUGCAAGGAAGCGAAGACUACUACACACAUUCCGUAGCCGGAGGACUAGAUUUGAGAGAUAACGAAGACUCAGUAUGGAACUACACUGGUUCCUAUUCCACCACGCUGUUCACACAACGGGCCCAGGAGCUCCUGCGACGGCAUAGUAGUCAGACACCGGACACGCCGUUGUUCCUCUACCUGCCGUACCAAGCCGUCCACGAACCCUUGGAGGUACCCGAGCAGUACAUGGUCCCGUACGCGCAUAUCACGGACAAAAAGAGGCGCAUCUAUGCCGGGAUGGUAGCGUGUAUGGAUGAGGGGAUCGGCAACAUCACACAGACGAUGGACCAGCUGGGACUGUGGAAAGAUACAGUGCUCGUCUUCUCAACAGAUAAUGGAGGACAAAUUUAUGAUGGCGGCAACAACUGGCCCCUGCGCGGGUGGAAAGGGAGUUUGUGGGAAGGCGGUAUGCACGGCAUAGGGUUCGUGCAUAGCCCCCUCCUACCAGCCAAGGUACAAGGUACCAUCAACAGGGAACUCAUGCAUGUCAGCGAUUGGUUUCCCACGCUGGUUGCGGGCCUGGCUGGAGGGAGUUUGAACGGCACCAAACUGGACGGAUAUAACAUGUGGAAUACCAUUAGUCGUGGUGAUCCGUCACCUCGUAAGGAAAUCCUUCACAAUAUCGAUCCGCUGUUUCCACGGCCUAAAACACACUCGAUGUCUGUGAUUGGAACGAAGGUGUUUAAUGAGACCAUUCGGGCGGCGAUACGAUCAGGCGACUGGAAGCUGAUCACUGGAUCGCCAGGUAACAGCAGCUGGAUUCCCCCUCCUGACUACGGAUUUACCCCGGUCACCCAAAUCGAAGCACCCGGUAAGAUGGUGUGGUUGUUCAACAUCACGGCAGACCCCAGCGAAUACUACGACAUGUCUUCCCAACGUCCAGACGUCGUGCAGCGCUUGAUGCAGAGGCUGCAGUACUACUACGAGGGUGCAGUACCGGUGUUUUACCCGCCGAACGACCCCAGGGCUAAUCCCAAGUAUCACAAUGGCACCUGGAGUAAUUGGGAGUAAAUUCCCCUUUUUCAUAUCAAGUUAGUUUAUAAAGAACUUUUUCGUUUCCACAUUUAGCAAUAGGCCAACUGCAUUUUAUACCUCAUCAAAUGUAAGUAAGAUUUUGGACCUAAUUAAUUUUUCUGAUUUUCUAAAAUGUAUGAAUAUGAACCUGUAACGUCAACUUUGAUAGUGGCCUUAUGGUGAUGGAGUCAAUAAUUACGUAAAAUUUGAUAAAAAGAGUAUUUUGAUCAAUUCGUUACAAUUCUAAUACGGGAAGAAGUACAAUGCUGGUUUAUGUAUAUAUUUGUUCUUGUACUCUAUGGAUUUUAGUGCACUAUAGGAAACAUGAAUGAGUCCAGUGUAUAGUGUGAAAUUUGGACUCUAUAAAAUAUGGACUUAUUGGUUGUGCGCAUGUCUAAUUGGAACGUGUGAGUCCACAUAAGGUGAAAGAGAUCAGAUUUCAUAGGAGUCAAAAUUUCAUAUGAAACUGCGUUCCACAAAUUUUGGAAUAUUAGUUUUCUUGUUUUAUUCCACAAAAAGGAACACACCCAUUACCCUGGUGAGGGUUACAUCAAAAGGUUUAAAUAAUACAAUUCAAGUUUAAAUCAUGAUACAGGAGUUAGCUAACAGCAUAUAUUUAUUUUGAUAUUAAUUAUACUCUUAGUUCUACGCUGCACGUGAUUUACGCAUUGGCAGAAACAUUAAUUAAAAGAUGGGCCUAUUUCAUUUCUUUGUUCUUGUGGACUAGCUGUAAUAGUAAUAUUUCCUAAUUAUCGUGGUCAUAUUUGACAAACUGUUUUAUUAAAAAAAAACCACGUGUGCUUUACCA